AUGGAGCAUCUGGAACGUUGCGCCUGGUUCAUAAGGACUACUCUGGUGCGGGCGGCCGUGCGGCGCUACCUGCCCUGGACACUGCUCGCCUUCAUGCUGUGCGGCUCCCUUGUUAAGGAAUACUCUCCAUUGCCCCCGAGCUACCUCAGCAACAAGCGCAAUGUUCUCAACGUGUAUUUUGUCAAAGUGGCCUGGGGCUGGACCUUCAUUCUCCUCCUGCCUUUCAUUGCCCUCACCAACUAUCAUCUGACAGGGAAGGCUGGUGUGGUCCUCAGGCGGCUGUGCACACUUCUGGUGGGGACAGUAAUAUGGUAUGUGACCACAACUGUCUUCUGGAACAUUGAGCACUACACAGGCAGCUGUUACAAAUCAUCUGCCCUGGAAAGUAUACAAAAAGAGUUUAACAGCAAGGAGGAAUGCCGUAAAGGUGGCGGUUUCUGGCAAGGCUUUGACAUCUCUGGCCACUCCUUCCUUCUGACCUACUGUGUUCUGUCCAUUGUGGAGGAGAUGGCUGUUCUACAAGAUGUCAAGAUGGACAGGAACCAUAACAUGCACUUCGCUCUCACCUCCUUGGUUGUUGCCUUGGGCUGCUUGACAUACAUCUGGGUUUGGAUGUUCCUUUGCACUUCUGUUUAUUUUCAUGACCUGUCCCAGAAGGUUUUUGGUACCCUGUUUGGCUUGGUGGGCUGGCAUGGAACAUAUGGCUUUUGGUACCGGAAACCCUUUUCUCCUGGACUUCCUCCACAGAGUACCAAUCUGAAUUUGAAGCAAGAUAGCUACAAGAAGUAA